UUUCAAGUUCAAUAGCAUUGUUUUCGCUUCUAUUUUUCGUUUCUUAAAAUUUACUCUUCACCUUAAUCAAUUCACAUUUAUAUAUUUUUCCUUUAGCAAGCAAGCAGCAGCAGCACCAACAGCGAACUUUUAUUUCACACCUACGACCCCGAGCGGAAUUUAUAGCAGAGCGAAGAACAAUAAAAAACACCGACGAUGCAGAUGCUUACAAAGUUUGAGACUAAAAGCAGCCGCGUCAAGGGUGUAGCUUUCCACCCUAAGCGGCCGUGGACCCUGGCAUCUCUGCACAACGGCAGCAUCCAGCUCUGGGACUAUCGCAUGGGCACUUUGCUCGAUCGCUUUGAGGAGCACGAAGGUCCUGUUCGCGGAAUCUCAUUCCAUCCGACUCAGGAGCUUUUCGUGUCGGGUGGUGACGACUACAAGGUAAAGGUGUGGAACUACCGUACUCGCCGCUGCAUCUUCACUCUCCAGGGGCACUUGGACUACGUACGCACAGUCUACUUCCACCCCGAGCAGCCGUGGAUUAUCAGCGCCUCCGACGAUCAGACAAUUCGCAUUUGGAACUGGCAGUCGCGCCAGUGUAUUGCCGUGCUCACCGGACACAACCACUACGUUAUGUGCGCUCAAUUCCACCCGACCGACGAUCUUGUCGUAUCGGCCUGUCUUGAUCAGACCGUCCGUGUCUGGGACAUCUCUGGGCUGACCCGCAAGAGCGCAGCCGGCGCGCAGCCCAUGAUGACCGAUCCGCUGACUGCCCAGCGCAUGGGCGCUCAGGGCGACUUUUUCAACGUCACCGACGUGGUCGUCAAGUUUGUGCUCGAGGGCCACACCCGAGGUGUCAACUGGGCCACGUUCCACCCGACGAUGCCGCUGAUUCUGUCCUGCGGCGACGACCGCCAGGUCAAGAUCUGGCGCAUGAACGACUCGCGCGCGUGGGAGGUGGACACCUGCCGCGGCCACUACAACAACGUCAACUCGGCCAUGUUCCACCCCAAGCGCGAAUUCAUUCUCUCAGACUCGGAGGACAAGACCAUUCGCGUGUGGGACACCACUCGCCGCACGCUGCUGCAGACCUUCCGCCGCGAGCAGGAUCGUUUCUGGUGCUUGACCGCCCACCCGGAGCUCAACCUAUUCGCCGCAGGCCACGACAACGGCCUGAUUGUGUUCAAGCUCGAGCGUGAGCGCCCGGCAGCGGCCAUCCACCAGAACACGCUGCUUUACGUCAAGAGCUCGCAGAUCUACAUGCACAACUUUGCUGACUCCAGCGAUCAGCCGAUCGUUGCUAUUCGCACGGCGCCCGCCGGCCAGUACUUGCCGCCGCCGCGCACAAUGAGCUUCAACCCCUCUGAAAAGGCGAUUCUUCUCACGAGCGACGCCGAGGGCGGCAGCUACGAGCUGUACACCCUGCCGCGCAAUCUCACCGGCUAUGUCGCCGAGGCAGGCCAGUCUCGGCGCGGCACCGGGACGUGCGCGUUUGGACCGGGCGCACAGCAGAUCCUGAUCAAGGACCUGUCGAACCAAACGACAAAGACCAUCCAGCCCCCAGUUGCUGUCGAGGCCAUCUUUGCUGCGCCCGGCUCGCAGCUGCUGCUGGCCACUGCGACCUCGGUCAUUCUGUUCGACGUGCAGACCCGCCAAACUGUGGCCGAGAUCAACACCGCUCCCGUAAAGUACGUUGUGUGGAGCUCCGACAUGUCCACCGUCGCCCUUCUGUGCAAGCAUACGAUCACGCUGGCCAGCAAGCAGCUGGAGCAGCUAUGCCAGGUGCACGAGACCAUCCGCAUUAAGAGCGCAGUCUGGGACGAUUCGGGCGUGCUUUUGUACACCACGCUGAACCACAUCAAGUUUGCGCUGCCUCAGGGCGACACCGGAAUCAUCCGCACUAUCGACAAUCCUGUCUACCUUGCGCGCGUGCAGGGUGGCAGCGUGCAGACCAUGAAGGUUGAUCCGACCGAGUACAAGUUCAAGCUGGCCUUGGUCCACCGCAACUAUGAGGAGGUUGUUUCGAUCAUCCGCAACUCGAACCUAGUCGGACAAUCGAUCAUUGCAUACCUGCAGAAGAACGGCUACCCUGAGAUUGCCCUGCACUUUGUGCGCGACGACACCGCUCGCUUCGAGCUAGCGCUCGAGUGUGGCAACAUGGACAUUGCACUGGAGACCGCCAAGGCCAUCGACAAGCCCGCCUACUGGGACAAGUUCAGCCAGGAGGCGCUGCGUCGCGGACACGUGCAAAUGGUCGAGCUGGCAUACCAGCGCACCAAGUCAUACGACAAGCUGUCAUUCCUGUACAGCAUCACUGGUAACAUUGAGAAACUGGCCAAGAUGCAAAAGAUCUCGGUUAUGCGCGACGACCCCCAGUCGCGCCUGCAGAACUCGCUCUACCUGGGCGACAUCGAAGACCGCGUGCGCCUGUCACUUGCAUACCUGACGCCAAGACGCACGGCUGAGUCGAUCCGCAUCGCAGCGGGAAUCGAAGAGGAAGACAUUGUUGGCGUGCCUAGCACCGGCCAGGGCACUCUGCUGUAUCCUGCGACGCCCAUUGUGCCGGCGCCAGAGCUCGACUGGCCGCAACUGCAUAGCAGCGGCGCAUGGGGCAUUGACAAAGAUAGCAACAACUUGGGAGGUGCCGCUGCGCGCAACGCAUUUGACGAUGAGGGUAACCUCGCUGACGAUGCCGAGGGCGACUGGGGGAUUGAGGAUGACGGCGAGCUCGAUGCAGAUAUUGCUGCUGAGGCCACGGCGGCCGCGGCGGCUGGUUUUGUGCCGCCGCAGCCCGGCAUCAGCGAGCUUGAAGUGUGGUCGCGCAACUCGCCACUCGCCGUAGACCAAAUCGCGGCGGGCAGGUUUGACCAGGCGAUGAAGCUGCUGCGCGACCAAGUCGGCAUUGCAUCGUUUGACGCGCUCAAGCCUGCGUUCCUGGAAAUAUACUCGGCAUCGCGGUCUGUGCUAACCACAGCGCCAUUUGCGUCGGCAGCCCGCAUUCCCCUGCGGCGCAACCCCACCAAUGCCACCGAGCGCUCCCAGUUCCUGCCAGCGCAGAUCUACAGCCUGGCGUCAUCACUUGAGCAGCUGCAGCAGGGAUACCGCGCAACCACUGGCGCCAAGUUCGAGGAUGCGCUGGCUCUGUUCAAGCGCUUGCUUCUGUCGCUGGUUUUUGUCACUGGGGAUUCUAUUGAGGACGCGAACGAGAUCAAGCAGCUUCUGCAGAUCAGUCGUGAAUACGUCAUUGGAAUCAGCAUUGAGCUCGAACGCGCAGCCGUGUCCAAGGAGGAGCCGACCGACGAGAAUGCCACCCGGCUGGUCGAACUGGCAGCUUACUUUACGCAUUGCCAGCUGCGUGCAGACCACGAGAAGCUUGCCCUGCGCCUGGCGAUGAACACGGCGUACACGCACAAGUGCUUCAAGGCGGCCGGCGAGUUUGCACAACGCCUUUGGAUCUGGGCGCGCAAGAUGAUCACGAUCUGUGACCGCCAGAGCCGUGACACGCUGCCCGUCAACUACGACGCGCGCAAUCCGUUUGUUGUCUGUGCAGCGUCGCACACGCCCAUCCACAAGGGCGAGGCAGCGGUCAACUGCCCCUACUGCCAGGCAACGUACAAGCCCGAGUUUGAAGGGAGCCUGUGCCGUGUAUGCACAAUUGCCAAGAUCGGAGCAAAGGCCAGGGCCUGCGCUCCCUUGCUUCAUCUGCUAGGCUUGUAACUUUGCAAUUGAUCCAGAUCCAUCUAUUCUUUAUUACUUUUGGCACUAAAAAUGCCAUUCCUUUAUUCUACAUUAUCAAUUCACAUUUUUAACAAGAUAGCAUGUG